GCCCGCAUGACUCAAAUUAUCCCAUUAUUAAAUACCCAUACUGAUUCAUUCCUUAAAUUACUACAAUCUCACACUAAAUUACAACUCUCUUCCUCUCUUCUCCUCCCUUAUAUUACUAUACUGCUUUCCCAUGUAAACAUAUUCAAAGAAACAAAAACAAACCAAACUGAGAAAAAGACAUGGGGAGAGAGCUCUGUUCAACUGGUUCUUUCAGAAAAUCAUUGACCAAAAUGGAGAUGAAAAUAAACGAAGCAAUUUCAAAGAGUAGAAUCGGCAAAUACUUCAAGUUAGAAGCUAGAAAAAGCUCUUUUACUAAAGAAUUUCGUGCUGGUACGGCGACGUUUCUUACAAUGGCUUACAUCAUCACCGUCAACGCCAGCGUUUUAUCGGAUUCCGGCGGAACUUGCUCCGUUUCCGACUGUACUUUUCCGGCGAACCAAACACGUGCAAACCCAGACUGCAUGUUGAAACCAAAUGAAGGUUAUGAAAAGUGUAUUUCCAAAAUGAGAAGUGAUCUUAUUGUUGCUACUGCCUUAGCUUCUAUGAUUGGGUCAUUUGCUAUGGGCUUAUUGGCAAAUCUUCCUUUGGGCUUGGCCCCAGGUAUGGGCCCAAAUGCUUAUUUAGCUUAUAAUUUAGUGGGCUUUCAUGGGUCUGGAAAAAUGUCAUAUCAAACUGUUAUGGCAAUUUUCUUAGUUGAAGGUUGUGCUUUUCUUGCUAUAGCUGUAUUUGGGCUUCGUGGGAGAAUAGCCCGGUUUAUUCCUCAGCCCGUUAGAUUGGCUUGUGCGGCUGGUAUUGGGCUUUUUAUUGCAUUUGUGGGCUUACAAGCCCAUCAAGGAGUGGGCCUAGUCGGCCCAGAUCCAUCCACUCUAUUGACCCUCACUGCUUGCUCUAGUACAAAUCCGGUGACCGGAGAAUGCACCGGCGGGAAAAUGCAAAGCCCAACUUUCUGGUUAAGUUCAGUUGGGUUUAUAAUUAUGUGUUAUGGAUUAAUGAAGGAAAUUAAAGGUAGUAUGAUAUAUGGUAUUUUAUUUGUGACAUUAAUUUCUUGGAUUAGGAAUACUGCUGUCACAAUUUUUCCUAACACAUCAUCAGGUAAUUCAAGUUAUGAGUAUUUUAAAAAAGUGGUAGAUUUUCAUAAAAUUGAGUCUACAGCUGGAGCAAUUAAUUUUAGCCAUUUUAAUAAUGGUGAAGUAUGGGUGGCAUUAUUAACAUUGUUAUACAUAGAUGUACUAGCUACAACAGGUACAUUAUAUACAAUGGCUGAAAUUGGUGGAUUUGUUAAUGAAGAAGGAGAAUUUGAAGGUGAAUAUAUAGCAUAUAUGGUAGAUGCAGGAUCAACAAUAGUUGCAUCAACUCUAGGUGUUUCACCUAUAGCCACAUUUGUAGAAUCAUCAGCUGGGAUUAAAGAAGGUGGUAGGACGGGAUUAACGGCGAUAAUCGUUGGAUUUUAUUUUCUAUUGUCUUUGUUUUUUACACCUUUGAUUGCUAGUGUACCACCUUGGGCUAUAGGUCCAUCUUUGGUAAUGGUUGGUGUGUUGAUGAUGAAAGUUGUUAAGGAUAUUGAUUGGAAUAAUAUUAAGCAUGCAGUUCCUGCAUUUGUGACUAUGGUUUUAAUGCCUUUGACAUACUCAAUAUCCAAUGGUAUUAUUGGUGGAAUUGGAGUGUAUAUUGCGUUAAGUUUGUAUGAUAGUAUGGUUUGUUGGGUGAAGUGGUUGAUGAGAAUGAGAAAGAUGGUGGUGAAGGAGCAAAAUCAAGUGUCAGCUGCCACUGCAGAUCAGAAUAUUGAAAUUGUUUGAUAUUUUGAUAGUUCAUCAUUGUAAUUUAGUAGUUCAUUUGGGUUGGAAGUAGUUUUUGUUUUAUUUCAUCUAGUGAUAGCAGAUGCACAGGCCACCGUGAAAGAUCAUCUUUUCAAUUAAUUUUACUUUUUUCAGAUGGAAAAUAGGCAAGAUGUAAUAGAUUGAUCUUUCAAGGGCGUUUGUGCAUCUUAGGCUUUGUGGUAUUCAACUAUCCUGUGUCAAGUAUUAAGAUUUUGAUAAUUUUCUAUGUUCAUCUCUCUCCCU